GUGCAAUUGGGUGUUUCUAGUGCCACCCAACCGUGCUGCCAACGAUUUGCGGUUUGGUUUGCGGUUGGCAGCACCAGCAUGGCCGACGAGGACGAGCGGCUCUUGGCCGUGAUCGAAGCCGCCGCUAACUACGAAGAGGCCGCUGCGGCGUCGGCCGACGCCCUUCGCCAGGCCUUCUUCAAGCUCUCGUUCGCCCGGCGAAGCCUUCCGCCCGAGACGCUCUCAUCCGUGGCGUUCCGCGAGCUCUUUACCGCCGACACGGCCGUCGACGUGUCGGACACUGCUGACUACAGCAUCCAAAAGAACGUCUCGUGGGCCACCGACGAGGCGCCUGUCGCGGAGCCGACGCUGCGACACCGCCAUGCACACGCCAAGCCGGCAGCCACGCUGCCUGCGUCGACAGCGCCGGCCAUGCCAACACCAAUCUUUUGGUUUGCGCCACUGCCGUCGCACGAGCUGCGCUCUGCCCAGCAACAAUUCCUCAAAGCACUGACGCAGAUCGUGACGACCGCGUCGCGCGCCGCGACCGCCCAGGCCGCGCUCGCAGCAGCGUCGCACUGACCACCACCAAGUAUUACAUAUAUACGGCCCUGUGUUGUUUGAUCGAUUGUUACGCAGCGAGGUCGUGGCCAUGGACCUUUGGGUCCCACUCGUCGCUCGAGAGCUUGGCGUCAUAGUCGGCGGCUUGGAUGCCUGCGCUCUGAAAGUCUUCCAUCCAGUCGGA